AUGGCGUCGCGCGCUCCCGCCGGUUGCCCUGGUAGCCGAGGCCUCGCUGCAGCCCACAGACACCUGUCUCCCAAACUUCGGAGCUCCCUCAGUGACGGCAUGGGGGAGACCCUGCGCCCCCCCGGCUACUCCCGCAGAGUUAGCGCCUGGGAUGACUGCCUGGAGGAGCUCUCAGGACCGGCCAGCCCGCGGGGUUUCGGGAAGCGGACCGUGUCGGUGCCCCAGCAGCUGGGCGAGCGCUGCGAUGAGUGGAGUUCGGGCAGCGAGCGGUCCGGGGUCAGAGGUCACGGUGACCUGGAUACCCGCUCCCUGGGGGCCAUCAGUGCCCGCUCCUCCAGGGACCAUGGCCGGCAGCUACCCCUACUGAGGGGCAUAUUUAAAAUCGAUAAGAGGAGCUGCGAUGUGACCCUGACUGCCAGCCAGCUGGUAUGGAGCCUCAUACAGCCAGAUACCCCAGGCAUCUCUAAAAUGACCUAUAAAGAAGAAUGUAUUGACCUAAGAGACAUAUUCUCUGUGAAAAUGAAAAGACGCCGUUCGAUUGGACAGAAAAUAGGAGGCACCUUACUGGGUCUAACUGUAUUUUUGUGCAUUAGAAAAGGACGAAAACUGAAGCAAGGUUUAAUCCACCUUCACAACUUAAGUGAAGAUUUCUGUGCUAUAUGGUUUAAACAAUUAAAGGAAAUUCUGAAUGGAUUUCCAAAUAGACCGAAGUCUUUAAAGGUAAUCAUUAACCCACACAGCCAUAAAGGAGAAGCUACCAAUAUCUAUUAUGAACACGUUGAACCUCUCUUCAAGCUUGCCAACAUCCAGACGGAUGUUACAGUAACAAAAUAUGCAGGACAUGCUCUUGCAUUACUCAAAGAAUGUGAACUUCAAGAAUAUGACGGAAUACUGUGCGUUGGUGGUGAUGGAUCAGUUAGUGAAGUUACCCAUGGUCUUCUUCUGCGAGCCCAAAUGGAUGCUGGGAAGAAUACAAACACUAACUUCACACCUGUCAGAGCACCUUUACCUCUUGGCAUUAUAUCAGCAGGCUCUACCAAUGUCCUGGCGUACUCACUUCAUGGGAUUUGUCAUCCAGUAACUGCAGCACUGCAUAUCAUCAUGGGAAACAUCCAACCAGUCGAUGUCUGCAGUUUUAGCAGUAACAGCAAGCUUCUCCGGUUUGGUCUUUCAUCGAUGUUUGGAUUUGGAGGAAAAACUCUGGCUAUUGCGGAAAAGCAUCGCUGGAUGCCCUCCAGUCAGAGACGAGAUUUUGCAGUUGUGAAAACACUUGCAAAUUUAAAACCAGAUUACUGUGAGCUGUCGUUUUUACCUACGAGGGAUUCUGAAUUCACUUUCCAUAGAGACAGCAAAAAGAAAACCGACAAUUCUGAUCAUUACGACAGCAAGGGUCAGUGGCGGCACAUCCAGGGCCAAUUGCUGAAUGUCAGUAUUAUGUCAAUCCCCUGCCUUUGUUCCAUGGCUCCAAGAGGCUUGGCACCUAAUACCAGAUUAAAUGAUGGGACCAUGGCUCUUAUUGUUGUAAGAAAUACUUCAAGACAAGAGUUUGUGAGACAUUUAAAGCGACACCCCACUUUGAAAGACCAGUUUGAUUUUCCAUUUGUUGAGACGUAUUUGGUAGAAGAAGUUAAAUUGCAGACAGGACCACCACAUCAUUUUGUGCACAGUGAAUAUGAACAAAUUGGCGAAGCACAUACCAUUCCUACUGAAAAUAUAUAUUCUUUGAACAUUGAUGGGGAUUUAUUGAACGUCUCUUCUGAAAUUCACGUUAGGUUGCAUCCUGAACUCCUUAAUCUCUAUGGAAGCAACAUUGAAGAGCUGGAUAAUUGCAGUGCAAAAUGUAGCUGCUUGUAGUAAAUAUAAAAAAAAAAACAGCAAAAGAAAUGGAAACAGUUGUCCAUAGAUGUAUUUAAUAGAAAUGUGACAGUUAAAGAUCGUGAGAAAAACACACACAAAACUAGAGACAUUUGAACAAAAAAUAUAUUUAAAAAAAACAACAAAAAACUAGUGGUACAAAAUAUUCAAUAUUAACUUGCAAUUUUUGUAUGAU